AUGAAAGAUAACUUUGAAGCUGAUGAUGACGUGACUGAGUUUGUAAAAUGCAAGAUCGAGAGUUUAGUGGCCAAUGUUGAAACGUCCUCACCAACAGAAACAAAAGAAGAUGAAGAGAGCAAGCAUUUCAAGGCUGCAUCUGAUAAAUGGAGACGACUCUUCACCAUACAGGAAGAUGAGAAGCUUGUCAACUAUUACUCCUGCAGUUAUUGGAAAGGGCGUGUACCUCGCCAGGGCUGGUUGUACCUCAGCGUGGAUCAUUUCUGUUUUUAUUCUUUCCUCAUGGGAAACGAGUCCAGGCUCCAAAUCAGAUGGACAGAAGUUACACACCUGGAAAGGAGCAACUCUGUUCUAUUUCCCGAGAGUAUACGAGUGACGACCCGAGAGGGGCGGUAUUACUUCUCCAUGUUCGUCCAUCCCGAGGAAACAUUCCAACUGAUGGAGCAGCUUGCCAAUCUAGCCAUGCGCCAGCUCCUCUCCGAAGAAGGCUUCUCAGAAGAUCGUAAUCUGCCGGACAGAUCAAAAGUCAAGAAAAAAGCUCCCAAGAAGGUCUCGUCUCUCAAACGUGAUUUGGACGCUCGAGCAAGGAGUGAAGCUUACAGGCGAGUGUUCCGGUUACCUGUUGCGGAGAAGCUGGAUGGUAACAUCCCUUGUACGCUCUGGGCUCCGUAUAGCAAAUCACACGUCGGCGGUACCAUGUAUCUCUCAAGGAAUUAUAUCUGUUUUGCUAGCAGGAUCAAGAAUCUUGUUCAGGUGGUUAUACCGAUGAGAGAUGUAACGGUGGUGGAGAAGGUUGAGAAUUCAUCCCUCAUCAACCAAGGGCUACAUAUAUCAACAAGAGCUAAGAUGACAUUCCUCUUUGCACAGCUGACUGACAGAGAUUUUCUUGUUCAACAUAUAUCUGAUUUCCUUGCAAAAACAACCGAAAAUGCCAGACCUACAGGAGACGGCAUCUCCAUAGCGUCGUCAAACGAGGGCAGUAUAACACGCUCUACCGCUGAUCCAAUGCAAAGCUUACUAAGUUCAAGCUUCGGUAGCAACGAGAGUGAUCCUAGCUCUAACUACUCAUCCAUGAUGUAUUACUCUACAGUGUUAACAGACCUCAACGAUUAUGAUAAUAAUGCAUCCCCUGAAACAAGCAGUGAGUCGCCCAAUCACAGCGUAGCAUUUCAGCUCCAACCUGCCUUAGUGAAGGUAUUCAACAGAAGAGGAUCAGAUGAAAUACCGGCAAGAGAGACGGUGAAAGAGCAUCUAUGGAAUAUGCACUUCAAAGAGUAUGGGAGGGGUGUAUGCAUGUAUCGUACAGUUGAGACUCAGCAUCUAAUUAUCAAAGGCCUUCCUGAUAGCCUAAGAGGGGAGAUGUGGAUGCUGUACUCUGGCGCCAUCAAUGAGAUGGCAACACAACCUGGGUAUUACCAAUCAUUAGUUGAACAGAGUCUGGGGAGAGAGACUAUUGCUACCGAUGAGAUCGAGAGAGACCUUCAUAGAUCACUACCCGAGCAUCCUGCCUUCCAGUCCGAGCUCGGUAUAGCAGCUUUGAGGAGAGUUCUUACAGCGUAUGCCUACCGUAAUCCAACCAUUGGUUACUGCCAAGCAAUGAAUAUAGUAACUUCAGUGCUGUUACUAUAUGCCAACGAAGAAGAAGCGUUCUGGCUACUGACGGCUGUAUGUGAACGGCUCCUUCCCGACUACUACAACACUAGGGUCAUUGGAGCACUGGUGGAUCAGGGUGUAUUUGAAGCCCUAACCAAGGAAACCAUGUCAGAGCUAUACAUGAAGAUGGAAGAACUAGGAAUGCUGAGUAUGAUCUCUCUAUCUUGGUUCCUUACAGUCUUUCUAAGCGUGAUGCCGUUUGAGAGCGCAGUCAGCAUCAUGGACUGCUUCUUCUACGACGGAUCAAAGGUCAUCUUCCAGAUCGCCCUCGCUGUCCUCGACGCUAACUAUGAAGCGCUCCUGGAGUGCGAUGACGACGGCCAAGCCAUGGUCGUUCUAAGCCGCUAUCUGGAGAACGUCGGCAAUCGGGAUGCCACCAUGCCGCACGUCCCUCACUCAUCUGUUAUCGUGGGAAGCGAAGGAAAAGACUCACCACAGGUUUCUGUGGAAGUAUCGGAGCUGAUCUACAAUUCCUACUCCAAGUUUGGUUCCAUCUCCAAUGAGAAGAUAGAGAAGAUGCGUUUGAACGAGAGAUUGCGGGUCGUCCAGGGAUUGGAAGACACCGCUCGGAGGAGUGUGAUCAGGAGUCUUGUCUCGGACACGGCUUUUGGAAAGAAAGAACUGGAGGAACUUUAUGUCCUCUUCAAGGAGGAGUUCCUGACCGGCAACCUACUAUCCAACACACCCAUCAUGGACCACGCCCAACACUUCCUGUCUGUCGUCAAGCUAGACUUAGAGAAAUACCAGACCCUCUUCCUUGCUCUGUCUCCCUGGGCUACUGGUUCCCAUGCGGACAAGCUUGGUGUUAGAUCCUUUAGGGUGUUGGACUCUGAUCACGACUGCCUUAUCAACUUCAGGGACUUUGCCUGGGGUAUGGGGACCAUGUGUCGAGGUGAGAUGCCCCAGAGACUCAGGCUGUUAUACGAGAUGCACUUACCCCCUGCCUUAACACCUGCAGAUCUAGAGAGCCCCAGUGAGACUCAUACAGAAUGUAGCACAGUGGACGUCCCUUCACCUGACGACUGUGAUGUUGAUGUAGAGGGCGCUGUUGAUGCGGAGGAAGCCGUUGAUGCAGCAGAAUUCUUCGGACCAGACACAAUACCUGCCACAGCGACCUCUAUUACUGCAACCCCUACCACAGCUACAUCUACUACCAUUCCUACAUCAGUAACAGCCAAACCUCAGGAUUCUCCGCAACGCUCUAGCCUUGGUUCCAGUCCUCUAUCACCAUCAGUGACUUCACCCAACAAGCGUUGCAACCCAUUCCUGACGAACCCCGAUCCGACGCUACCUCCGCCUGAUCAGAGCACGGUCUUUGAUUUCCCAGGGGAGGAUAGCCUUCCAGCCAGCAGAGAUCAGGAUCAUAAAAAACCUACAGAACCUGCACAAGGUUAUCAAUAUUACCUCAAGAAAUGGCAGCUAGAGAAAGAAGAGGAGGAAAGAAGAAAGAGCUUCAAACAUCUACCUCGUAUGAACCAGGAGCAAUUCAUCCAGCUACUGAAGAGCCUCUACGACAUGUUCGUCGAUCAUCCCGAGGAGCAGGAACUCUACCGUUCCCUUGCCACCGUCGGAACGCUUCUCUUUGAGCUCGGUGAGGUCGGCAAGAAAUUCUACAAGAGAUCUCAGUCCUCUCCUGCAAGAACAUGGAGUGAGCCCUCAACGUCAAGCGCCUCACUCGGCGAGGAGCUCCAUGGGAAAUUCGUAGAGGAUUGCGUGGGUCUGGCUGCAGUAGGUGGGGAAGUGCAGGGUGGAGACAGCAUUGAAAAGCCUGGGGAGGAGUCUACUGGAGGCGAAACUGUUGAAGAGAAGAAGGAGGCCGACAGCGGGGAUAGUCUUGUGGACAGGAGUUUGGUACGAGGUGGGGAGGGAGAUAACACUAUUGCGGAUGCCUUGAAGGCUGUAUCCAUCGAAGAGCCUGGUGACGAGUCUAGUACUGUUGAUCUCAGUGCUGACCAAUGUGGCUCAGAACCUGCCAAAGUGACUGGUAAAGAGUCCAGCACCAGUACGCCUAGCCAUGCAUCAACGUCUGAUAACACUGCAACGGCACCGCCCAGGCCGAACAAUCUACCAACAGAACUCCCUAAGCUGGUAGAUAAUGAGUGGGCGAUUACAUUCGAACAGUUCCUUGCGUCGAUGUUGAACGAGUCUCCCCUCGUGAAAUUCUUUGAGAAACCCGUGGAAAUCUCUGGACUCGUUGAGGGUUUUCGACAAAGAAAAGUUUUCCAAAGACAACUGAGUGAUGUUAGCUUUGGCUCUUCACCAUAAGACUUGCUUGCUCAUGAUAUGAAUUGGAAAUCUAUUUGAAAUGCCUACCACACCGCCUGAUGAAAAGCCAACCUGCAACUCUGUACAAGUCAACUUUCUUGAUGUCGAAUAAUCGCCCCAGUCAAAGCAAGUUUUUAGACCAGGGUCAGUCUCACGAAGAAUUGUGAUUGAUCUAAUCAACCUCAACUAUGUAAAAAUCCAUCAUUGUUAUAAUUAUUCCUACAGGAAAUUUGCACAAUGUCCUUUUUGUGUAAAUAAAGAGGAGCACGCCGAAUGGGCAGUGAUGAAUGUAUGAAGGUUAAUCAUAAUUAUCGGAAAACACUUUGAACAAAUAUGCAUUUUAGAGAUUGUUGUCGACCCUUUUACUGUAUCACUUUGACUAUAAUGCAACUUUCCUUUGUAUUCUAUCUCCCUUUAGAGUCUGCAUUUCAAACUUACUGACCCGUAUUCUGAAGUCGGGCUUAACUUUAUGGACCACGGUACAACUCUCUGCUAAAACUAUGGAAAUCCAAAGAAUGUCAAAAUUUUCCUUACAAUUACAUUGUAUGUUUCUUACAUGUAUGUUUACUGUGCUCUCUCCUAACUCAGGAAUGGUGAAGAAAGCUAUCUUAUUUAUCCUUCCGAAACAGGUAAGAGUGGUUUGAGAGAAAAAUGAGCUGAUACUUUUAAAUUAUACUGUUUGAGAUUUAUGCCACUACUGGCUAUCCAUAGUUAAAACCACAUUUUUAACCAGAGUUUUAAGUAGACCCGACUUCAGAAUAUGGGCUAUUGACAUUGAUAACAUUGACCAAAGAAGAUUAUUAGUAGGUCAGGACAUUUCAUUUUCAAGAAAGAAUAAUUGGGCCCGUAUUCUGAAGUCUGGUUUAACUUAACCUCAGGUUUAAAGUUGUGGUUUAAGUAUGGAUAGCCAAUUGUACAUAAAUCACUAACAGUAGAGAUAUCAUAUUUCAGCUCAUUUGGCUCUCAAGUCAUUUGUAAUUGUCUAGGAAGUAUAAAUAGAUGAUUGUCUUCAUCAUCGAUGAAUCAGGAAAGAGCCCAGUAAAUGUAAGAAACAUACAACUAAAUAAAAAUUUUGACACUUAUGGCUUCCCAUAAUUUUAGCACAGAGUUAGACCGCGGUCGAAGUUAAAGCUAAAUGACAUUGGUUGCAGUAAAAAACUGAUUUCGUGAGAAAGUCUGUAAAACCAAGGUUAAAUAUUACUAUAUCAUCGUGGAUCUAGAUCUGGUACAGUUACAUAAACUGAACUUUGUGAAAUCAUAAUAUCUAAGCUAAAAAACGAUCACACUGAAGAUCGCCAACACAGAUAGGCACACGUGGGACAGUGUAUUAUUAUUGCUGGAAUAAAGACCCGACGGAAGUGACAGAAUCCACGCUUAUUUUGCUUAUUUCUCAGCAAUUACACAAUUUCUUCCAGAAUCCUUUGGCACAUAUUUUUCAUUCAUACAAACAGACACUUUGGUGAUCAUUACAUUAAAUUCUGUUAAGUCACUGGAAUUUAUCUAUAAACCUGCCUUCAGAAUACGGGCUUUGGUGUGCAGUGAGUGAAGCCUCUACCACAAAACUCUGAUCAUUGUUGCCGCUAAUGCCAAUCAUGUGAUUAGUCACAUGACGAUAAUAUUUCAGUGAUAAAUUCUUGAUGGGGUGUUUCCAUAGCAUAUUAACACCUAGACAGGAAUAACCGUCGUUUCUGGGGAUUUAUUCAACAAUUUCUGACAUUUUACUGUAAUCCCCAUUUACCGACGGUAGGGUGUACGUGUGGGCUCGCAUGUGUUCUCAUUCCCUCCCUUUUGUCAAUUCACAGUCCAAAGUUUGAUGUAAUUUUACACAUCGAAUUUACAAUCUAAGGAUGUAUAACCAACAAACUUUUAAAAAUUGAUAUUUAAUUAUCAAAAUACUUUAAACGAUAUAGAUGAAAAAGGCAUGAAAAAUAUACUUUACCGAUGUUUAAUUGGGUUGAACACGAUAAAAAUGGUCAAAAUGGCAGCCAAACUAUAAAAUAUUACAAACGAACGUCAACAAUCACGAAUGUGAUAUCGAUAUUGCUUUCGAUAUUAUACGAUCUGCUCCAUAUGCGAACGAAACCGAAGAUAAACGAUACUAGUUAUACUAGUACUAGUACUAGUUAUAAUCGUGAUAUAUCGAUUCGAGACAUUAAGUUAAUAACGAUAAUGACGUCAUUCAAGAUGGCAACUUGCAAGAAAAACCGUCAGGUCAGGUGAAAAUGUCUUAGAUGACAGAUUUCUCAAUCAUCCAGAGGAUUUUUUUCAAUAACUCCGGCCCAAGGUAUGCAAUUACUUAAGUUAUUUACAUUUCCCUGAUAAUGGAAACCAUGAAACUUUCAAUUUUGCUUAAAAAACAGUUUAAAAUCUCGAUCUAUAAAACGCUAGUUCACUAUACGUUGGCUGUAGGUACGGGGCCCCAUCCCCUUCAGUCUAUGUAUGGUGAGUGGAGCCAAUGUAGUUCAGCGGAACAACCAAAAUACAGAGACUGAAGCUUUUGGUCUAAUUAACACCUAGUCCGAUGGGUUGCGCACUUUCCUUGAAAAUGAAGGUUGUUUUAGAGUACCCCAUUCAUGACUUAAAAUUAAUUAAUCUCUAUGCAACUGUAUUUUAUCAAUCACUA